CCUAUAAAAAGCAGAACAAAUUUUAAGAAAUAUUCAGUUCAACAUUUAAAAUCCAAUAAGGCGUUUGGUCUUCAAUUGAAAUUUUAUUUAAACAUUUAUAAAAGGAUCAACUAAUAGACAUGUCGAAAAACAAUAAAUCGAUGCUGAAAAUCUUGCUCUUGGGGGAGAAGUUGGUUGGAAAAACUUCUCUGGCAUAUCGAUAUAUCAAUGGAAAAUAUAUUUGUGAUUUGAAAACAACGAUUGGAGAGGAUCAAUUUACAAAGGCAUUGACUCCAAAUGGCACUUUGGUUUCCCUGCAGACUUUGGACACAACUGGGCUUGUACUACAUGAUCCUAAGAGCACGGCAGUAACGCCGUGUAUAAACUUGUAUAGAUCAGCCGAUUGCUGCAUUUUUGUCUUUGAUGUUACGUGUCGAGAUUCAUUUGAAAGUCUUAAGACUCGGAGAAUUGAAUUUUUUAUGUUAGCAAAUAAAGAGAAACCUAACGAAUUCCCGGUUGCUGUUGUGGGUAAUAAAAUUGACUUAGAAUCUAAAAGAAAAGUGUCAAAGCAAGAGGCUCAAGAUUGGUGUAAAUCGUUUUCCAUUCCCUACUUUGAGUGCUCCUCGAAGGAUGACAUAAAUGUGCAACAGGUGUUCGAAGCGAUGACAGCCAAACUUGUAGACACCCAUAAGUUAUAAUUUGAAAUGUAUUCCGAAUUCUUUUGCAUUCAUUUUUAAUAAUAAAUAAUAAUAUGGAUUUCUUUUUUUAUC